AUAUUAGUUAAGGGUAUUUGUAAAAUACUGUACCUACCUACAUUAAUAUAAUAAAACAGUGUUGAACUAGCUCGCGUGUUUUACUACAUGGUGACAGCGGUGGUCACUAAUUAAUUUAAAGUUUGCUAUUAUUUGGUGCGUUAGUGGCUUAUUUCAGCGAGUUUUAAGUUUAUUAGUGGUUGUGAAAUUAAAAACACAAUGGAACACGCGCGUCCUCCGGCGGAAUUGCUUUUAGAAGGCGGGCCGGCUGCGCGGGCCGAGGCGUGGCGCAAGUGGAAAAAGCAAUUUAUGGUGUUUUUGAAAGCCUCCGGAGUGAGCAAAGAGUCUGCCGAUGUCCAGGCAGGUCUGCUAGUCAACCUCAUUGGAUCAGCCGGCUACGAAGUAUACACUGCGUUAUCAUUGACAGAUACAGAGAGUGAGAACAUCACCACGGUAUUGAAAAAAUUUGAUGACCACUUCGGAACGAAGCCAAAUAUCACGGUGGCUCGGUAUAAGUUUUUUGUAAGGAACCAAGAGGAAGGUGAAAGCAUCGAUCAAUGGGUUACAGCGCUGCGAGUGUUAACUCAGACUUGCAAGUUUGGCAAGUUGACAGACGAAUUAAUUCGCGACAGAAUCGUGUGCGGGAUUAAUAAUAAUGUUAUUCGUGAUAGAUUAUUUCGCACGGAAGAUUUAACGCUCGCAAAAGCGGUGCAAAUUUGUCAGGCGGCGGAGAUGUCGCACGAGGAGAGUCGUUGUGUCGGUGGAGGUGCGUCAGGUGCAGCGGACGUUCGAGUAGAUGCCGUGUGGGGAUCUGGUGCGAGAGGAGGUGGCGGAGCGCGCGCGAGCGCCGGCGGACGGCGGCGCGCGACCACCCGGCGCGGAGCGCGGCGCGGCGGGCGGCCGCCGGCCGGCGCGGGCGCGCCGGGAUCAUCGCGCCGACCCUGCGCGACGUGCGGUGGAGGGUGGUGCGCUCAGGAUGAGCACUGCCCAGCGUACAGUGCCUUGUGUUAUGUGUGUGAGCAAAGAGGGCAUUUCGCUAAAAUGUGUCGUCAACGUAAAGUGAUACGUGACCAGGUAUGUCAUUUGGCGGAGGACGAUUCGGACGAGGAGGACGGUAUGUUUUACGUUGAUGUUGUUAACCAGGACUCUAAGUCUAAACCACCGAAAGAAUGGCUCGAGUUUAUGACAUGUAAUAACAAACGUAUAACAUUUAAGCUAGAUACGGGGUCUAUGUUAAAUGUAAUAUCAAGGGCCGAGUACUUAAAUUUGGGAUUAAAAUUAAGCGAAUUGAAACCGGUUCUUAAGCGCGCGUACUCAUAUACCAAACACAAUAUACCUAUUAUAGGUAAGUGCACAUUGUUGAUAUCUUGUAGAAAUAAACAAUAUGAGUUAAAGUGUAUCGUGACUGAUUUAAAUUGUCGAAAUAUACUGGGACUGAGAGGCUGUGUGACGUUAGGUUUGGUGCGCCGGAUUGAUGCUAUUCAAUUAGAGAAUUACUGUGAUCUUUUUGAGGGCCUAGGAAAAUUACCCGGUAAGUAUAAAAUAAUAGUUGACGUUAAUGUUCAACCGGUAGUGUGCCCAACGAGAAAAAUUCCAUUAGGUUUGCGUGAUAAGUUACAUACUGAAUUACAGCGCAUGGAAAAAAUAGGCGUAAUAAGAAAGGUAUCACACCCUACCGAAUGGGUUAAUGCUAUUGUUUUGGUAGCGAAAAAAAACGGUGACCUUAGAGUUUGCUUGGAUCCCCGACCGUUAAACCGCGCGGUGCGGCGCGCGCAGUACUCUCUGCCCACAGUGAGCGAGCUGGCCGUGCGUUUACGCGGCGCGCGCUACUUCAGCGUGCUCGACGCGCGCUCAGGGUUCUGGAUGGUGCAGCUGGACGACGCCAGUGCCGACCUCUGCACAUUCGCGACUCCCUUCGGUAGGUACCAAUUUCUUCGUUUACCUUAUGGGGUAAAUUGUGCCCCUGAGGUAUUUCAUGCCAAGUUAAGACAAUACCUAGAGGAUUUAGAUGGUGUUGAAAGUUUCAUCGAUGACGUCAUUGUUUGGGGUAGUACACGAGAGGAACAUGACGCUCGAUUAGAGCGUUUGUUGCAAAGGUCAAAGGAAAUUGGCAUUAGGUUCAACAAAGAAAAAUGUAAGUUUUGUGUAACGGAAAUUAUUUACUUAGGCCACAAAUUUGAUAAACAAGGAAUGCGCCCAGAUGAUUCGAAGGUUCGUGCCAUCAUGGAAAUGCCCUAUCCUGAGGACCGGAAGGGUUUAGAAAGAUUUCUUGGGGUAGUAAACUAUUUAUCAAAGUUUAUUCAGAACUAUUCCGAUUCGGUGGCUAUACUGCGAGGGUUGCUAAAAAAAGAUUCGGAAUGGAUAUGGGAUCAUAAUCAUUCAAAUGCUGUUGACCUAUUAAAAGCUAAAAUAGCAUCAGCACCAGUGCUGUCAUUAUACUCGACAGAGCUGCCGGUAGUAAUUUCGGUAGAUGCGAGUAGUGUGGCGGUGGGCGCGGUACUACUUCAGGGCGGGCGGCCCGUGGAGUUCGCCUCGCUCACACUCACGGACACGCAGACACGGUAUGCUCAGAUAGAAAAGGAAAUGUUGGCCAUUUGUUUUGCGGUGGAGAGGUUCAAGCAGUAUAUAUAUGGCCGUCGCGAUGUGACAGUUCAGACUGAUCAUAAGCCCUUAGAACCUCUAUUUACUAAACCUCUAUCGGCGGUACCCGCGCGACUACAGCGCAUGAUGAUGCGAAUCCAGGGCUUUGAGUUCAGGGUCGAGUAUACGCCCGGUAAGUACAUGUACAUAGCCGACACAUUGUCGCGCGCGCCGCUGCCAGAGCUGAUGCAUGAUCGCAUCACUGACGAGGUCGAGUUGCAAACGUGUUUCUUAAUUGAAAACGUGCAGGUUAGUAAUAAUAAACUAAACAUAAUUAAACAACAGACAGCAAAAGACGAGGAAUGUAAAACGAUAAUACAAUAUAUUUGCAACGGAUGGCCCAAAUACAGGUGGGAUGUUAGCGAAUGCGUUAAUAUGUUUUGGCCAUAUCGUGAGUCGUUGCAAUUCAUAGACGGCUUAAUAUUUAAAAAUGAUUGUGUUUACAUUCCUCGCAGCUUACGCGACGAGAUGCUAUGUAAAAUACACGAAGGGCACCUAGGUAUAGAUAGAUGCAAGCGUCGGGCUCGAGAGGUAAUGUUUUGGCCGGGCAUGUCCGCCGACGUUGAACGCCGCGUACGUGCUUGCAACGCAUGCGCACUGCAUGCGCCUGCCCCGCGCCGUGAGCCCCUACUGCAGCAUACGCUGCCGGAUUUGCCUUGGUCGAAACUGGCUUCUGAUAUCUUUGAGUACAGGAAGAAGUACUACAUAGUCUUAGUAGAUUAUUUUUCCAACUACGUUGAGGUAGGCAUGCUCAACAAUAUGACUAGCAAAGUAGUUAUAAAUUUUAUGAAGGAUCAGUUUUCGCGGCACGGUAUUCCUUCGGAGUUGGUGACCGAUAACGGCCCCGCUUACAGCUCGUGCGAAUUUAAAAAGUUUUUGCUUGAUUGGGAAAUAGAACAUGUGACAUCAUCUCCGCGAUAUGCUCAAUCUAACGGUAAAAGCGAACGAACGGUACAAACAAUUAAAACCAUGAUAAAAAAGUGCCAAGACUCGGGGGAAGAUUUUUAUUUGAGCUUACUCAAUUAUAGAUCAACUCCGAGAUACAAUUUAGAUUCACCGGCGCAAAUGUUAAUGGGUAGGCGUUUACAUACAAAACUACCAAUUAAAACUACAUUAUUGCAUGAACGCGUCGAUAAUAAACUAAAUUAUGAAAGAUUAUUGCACCAGAGGGAUAACAUAAAGAAAAAUUACGAUCGAUCUGCUAAACUAUUGUCACCUCUAUGGCCAGGGCAAAGGGCGACACUGAUUGACGGGAGCGACAAAAAACCGGUUACAGUGGUAGGCAGCGCACCGGAACCGCGGUCAUUUGUAGUAGCGGAUAGCCAGGGUCGGAGAUACAGGCGCAACCGGCGGCAGCUGGUGGCUCGCCAGGCGGCGCCGGAGACCCAGGGGCCUGAGGGCGGCCCGAGUUCGGAACCGGUGGUAGUUAAGGCGGAAGUAGGUCAGUCAAACUCAGCUCCCGGUCCCAGCACAACGACAGUACAAAAAGAGGAUAAUAAAUGUCAAUUACCUCAUAUUGUUCCACCUCUAACGCGUUCUAAAACUAAGGCGUUAAAAGAAGCUGCAAAGAUCGAUGACCUCUUUUAAUAGGUAUAAUAGUAGCAUUCAGUCAGAGAUGCACAGAUGUUACAAAUAAGUAGGUUAGUAAGGAUCUUGCUAAAUGUGUUUCAUUUAAUGUAAUAAUUGUUUUGUCCGAGAUGAACCUAG